UUGACGAAAGAGGGAAUUCUGUCUUUCAGGUAUAAUGGCAGUCAAGACAGCAAAGCGUCUGUGCCAUUAAAACGGCAUCGCACCAAAAUGGCGUUAAUGCGAAGGAAAGUUGGGAACGGCAUCAAAAAGGGUUCUGUAUCGCAAGUGAAUGUCGCUGCAAAGGAUGCUGUGUUGGAUAGGAAUCGCCACGUGGUCUCGUAUUCAUAUAGUAAAAACCAGACGGUGCUCGUUGAGUAUGUGGCGGACCCAUUCAAGGAUAUGUUUCAAAUUGGACGUUCUUCAGAAGAACAAAUUGAUUUCACCAUUGUAGACACUUGGCUCGCGUCCGGUGGUUCCGGCCCAGCGAGAGCUCGAGUAGGAAGCGAUCCGCACAAGAUGAUAUCGUCAACGAUAAGUCGGUAUGCCUGUCGAAUAAUCAUUGAUCGGGAGAACUACGACAAGGCGUUCCUUUAUGCAGCCGGAUUCGAUUCGGUGAAAAACAUUUUCCUCGGGGAAAAGGCUACGAAAUGGAUGAAAAAGAAUGGAGAGAUGGACGGGUUGACAACAAAUGGUAUAUUGAUUUUGCAUCCCAAUAGGAACACAGAGGAUGUGCCUCCGAUGUAUGUCUGGCGUGAGGUUUCCGUUGAUGGUGAUAUUUAUACACUACGCGAGACUCGUAGCAGUAAUGCGAGAGGCGUAUUGGUCCCGGAAGAGACGAAUAUGUUGCAGGACGGGUCUCUAAUUGAUCUUUGUGGUGCUACUCUUUUGUGGAGAACUGCAGAUGGCCUGAGAAAGUCACCUACUGCUCAAGAAUUAGAAAUGGCCUUGGACCGGCUAAAUGCAGGAAAGCCCCAAUGCCCUGUGAAUCUUAACACAUUAAUAAUUCCAAAGAAGAAAAGUACGAAGGGAGGUGGUAGUCGGCAGCCUUAUGUUUACUUACGAUGCGGUCACGUGCAAGGUAAGCAUGAGUGGGGUCAUCAUUCGACAUCGAACGGGCAGCAGUCUUACAAAUGCCCUAUAUGUUUGGCUGAGAGCGAACGGGUAAUCCAGUUGACAAUGGGAAUGGAAUCGUCAUUCCAUCUAGACUCUGGCAAUCUCGAUCACGCAUUUAAUCCUUGUGGGCAUGUCGCAAGUCUUAAUACUGUCAGGUGCGCUUCUUUUGAUCUGUAG